AUGCGAUUGCAAAUGUCGCUCUCCUACCUCCUCUCCCUCUUGACCGCCAUUUCAUUAUCCCCUCUCGCCCUCGCCGAAAACAUCAUCGAAUCCAACUCGCUAAAUUCUUGCAAGAGUGGCUCCAAUUUCACAGCAACCCUGUUCAAUGUGGCAUACACGCCUGGUAACAGCAGCAUCGGGAUCAACAUUAAUGGUGUCUCGUCCAUAGUAGGGAAUGUAUCGGCACAGCUGGAGGUUAUUGCCUAUGGAUUCACCAUUCUCAACGAGACUCUCGACCCGUGUUCCAUGGGUUUGGCGGGCUUUUGCCCCAUGCAGACCGGUCAACUCGACAUCCAGACGAACAUCGAUGUCCCGAAGGAUGUUGCUAAACAAGUUCCUGGAAUCGCCUACAGCGUGCCCGAUCUGGACGGCGUGGUUCGUGUCUACGUCACCUCUCUCGACACGGGCGCGGUGAUUGCUUGCAUGGAAGCGGAUCUCUCCAACACCAAAAGCGUGUACCAUCCCGCUGUCGGCUGGGCCACGGCCGUUAUUGCCGGUCUGGGUCUCGUUGCUGCUGGGUUGACCUCUGGCCUCGGUCAUCCCAACACGGCCGCGCACGUUGCUGCCAACGCCGUGUCGCUUUUUGGCUUUUUCCAAGCCCAGGCUGUGAUUGGCAUGACCUCUGUCACGAUGCCUCCGAUCGUGCAAUCCUGGACCCAGAACUUCCAGUGGAGUAUGGGUAUCAUUCGUGUAGGAUUUCUACAGUCUAUUGCAACGUGGUAUCAGCGGGCGACGGGCGGCACCCCAACCACCUACCUUUCCACGCUCAGCACAUUUUCGGUCCAGGUGCAGAAACGCGCCAUCAAACGCUCUCUGGACGUGAUGACGACCUUCGCCGCCAAUAACCUGCGCUAUUUGGCCAAGCGUCAGAGCUCUGCCACCACGACCACCGUCGCGAACGUCAAGGUCGUUCGUGGGAUCGACAGGGUCGGUUUCAGGGCCGGGAUCGAACAGACCAACAUCUUCAUGACGGGUCUGAUCUUUUUCGUCUUCAUUCUGUUCCUCGUUGCCGUGUUGGUCGCUCUUACCAAGGUCAUCCUUGACGGCUGUGCCAAGGCAGGUUGGAUGAAGUCUGAUAAAUUCCUCGAGUUCCGAAAUGGCUGGAAAAUUGUCAUCAAGGGUAUUCUUUUCCGAUUGGUUCUUCUCGGUUUCGUGCAAAUGUCGGUCCUCUGCUUAUGGGAAUUGGUCGAACGAGACUCGGCGGCUGAGGUUGUCUUGGCUCUAAUUGUCUUCAUCUCCAUGGCUGUCGCCUUGGCGUGGGCAUCCUUCAAGGUCAUUCAGCUCGCAAAGAAAUCGGUCGCCAUGCACAAGAACCCGGCCUACAUUCUCUACUCUGACCCUGAAUGCCUCAACAAGUGGGGAUUCCUCUACGUGCAGUACCGUGCCACCGCAUACUACUUUGUGGUUCCUCUCCUCGGCUACAUUCUGAUCAAGGCCAUCUUCAUCGCUUUUGCGCAGAAAUCGCCCGUCGCCCAAGCCGUGGGCCUGGUCAUUGUCGAGGCGGUGGCGCUGAUCGCUAUCAGCAUCCUCCGGCCCUUCAUGGACAAGAAGACCAACAUCUUUAACAUCUCCAUCGCCUCGGUCAACUUCCUCAACGCCAUCUUCCUCCUUGUCUUCUCCAAUGCAUUCGGACAGCCAGAGAUGGUCUCGGGCGUGAUGGGCGUUAUUUUCGCCUUCUACAACGUGGUCUUCGCGGCCGUCCUCCUGAUCCUGGUGCUCAUUGCGUCCAUCUACGCCAUUGCGUCCAAGAACCCCGAAGUUCGGUAUCAGCCCAUGCGUGAUGACCGAGGAAGCUUCAUCAAGUCCCAAGCAGCACUGACGACCGAAUUGGACGCCCUUGGUGCUACCGCGCGAGGAGAUGGCAAGAAUGCGUACACCAACGACAAGGGAUAUGAUGAUGACGCUUCUUUCUCCAGCGAGUCGCUGAAACAUCAAUCUGACAUUUCACAACGACCCAUGUCCCAAAACCACGCCGCCAACCCUCAACAAGACUACAACACGCCCAUGUAUCCCAGCGACCAGCCGGGACGACGCGGUCCCCCGCAGUCGUACGAACAACGACAGAUGUCCAACCAAGGCUACGGGGCUGGCGGUGACUACGGGUACGGUGGGCGGCCGAACACGACGUCCUCUCAGCCAUCGUACGAUCGAAGCAUGAGCAGUCUCGCCAGUGGUGGCUACGGGGCCCCGCCUCCUCGUUCCGCGCAGAGCAGUUAUCCUCCACAACAAGUCUUCCGGCAGCAAAACAACGCCAGUCCCUGGCAACGAGGGGCAGGAUAUGAGUGA